UUGGAUCGUCUGGGCCGACAGCGGGCAUCGGGUCACCAGGCAUGACAGCGGGCACUGGGUCAUCAGGCAUGGGGAUUGUCCUGGCUCGACAGCGGGCAUCGGUCACCAGGCAUCAGGUCAUUUGGCUCGCCAGCGGGCACCGCGUCAUCUGGCAAGGCAGUGCGCCACCGAGUCACCAGCACGACAUGGGGCUCCGAGUCAACUGGCAUGACCGCGGGCACUGGGUCAGACAUUGGAUCGUUGGCCCGACAGCGGGCAUUCGGUCACCAGGCAUGACAGCGGGCACUGGGUCAUCAGGUACCGGAUCGUCUGGAUUGACAGCGGGCAUCGAGUCAAAACUGGCCUAAUGGAAUCAUCAGCUGCUGAUCAGUUCAUCAGGCUGGGUAGAGGCAUCAGGCUGGGUAGAGGCAUCAGGCUGGGUAGAGGCAUCAGGCUGGGUAGAGGCAUCAGGCUGAAUGGUGGGCGCCGAGGCGCCAGCUGCACCACGGAAGGCAGGUUCUCAGAUGGGAGGCUGACCGG